CUCCGGCUUUAUAAAUGACGUCAUCGCCACGUUCAUCAGCUGAUUCCGGUUCAUCGAUUUAAUCAAGAUAGAACGAAUUUUUACCUGUUUAUAAGCGGUUUUUAACACCAGCGGGACUGUGGGAAGUUAAAAUUGGACAACACUGACAUGCUCUAUUUGGGCCGUCAUAAUGGACAAGAUUUUGGAGGGCCUCAUCAGCUCGGGUCACACGGUUCCAGUGAAGAAGGCCAUCGUGAAGAAGGUGGUAGAAGCAGCAGAGAAGGAUGUGGCGGUGGACGAGUGUCGGGCUUUGUUUACCGUCACCACCCGCCUCAUCCUGCUGGGCGAGGAUGCCUUCCAGAAGCAGGUGGGCUUCCAGGUUCUGGAAGCUUACGCCCGCUAUCACCGCUCCGAGUUUGAGGGCUUCUUCAGCAAAGAUUUUGUGCUCGGUCUGCUCCAGGGCGGCUACGAGCAGCUGGACCGCAAGGACCCAGCCCUUGUGGAUUAUAUCCACUGCGGCUUGCGGCUGCUCAUUAGUUGCCCCGCCGUGCUGGAGCUCUUCAACGUGAUCCAAGUGGAGGUUUUAAGGCUGGUGUGCGAGCGGCCCAACCCGGCGCUCUGCGCCCGCCUCAGCACCAUGCUGUCCGACUUUGUGCAGUGCGUGCCGAGGGACAAGUCCGGCGUUUUGUUCUGCCAACAGCUAGUGAGAACCAUCAGCUACUUCCACUGCAUGGCUCGUCAAGAGCAGGAGCUCGGGGAGUACGUCGGUCAGGUGACUAAAGUGAGCACGCUGCUGCAGAACAUCUGGAAGGCAGAGCCGGUCACGCUGCUGCCUUCCUUGCAGGAGGUCUUUGCCAUCAUCUCUUCCACGGACCCGUCCUUUGACCCGUCCAUCGCUUUGGCCAGCCUGGUGCAGCACAUCCCGGUCCAGAUGAUCACAGUCCUCAUUAAGAGCCUCACAACGGAUCAGAACGUCAAAGAUGCAAACAUGACAAAAGCACUAUGCAGGAUGAUCGACUGGCUUUCCUGGCCUCUGGCCCAUCACGUUGACACCUGGGUCAUUGCUCUGCUGAAAGGACUUGCCGCCGUUCAGAAGUUCACCAUCCUCAUUGACGUGACUCUGCUCAAAAUUGAGUUGGUGUUUAACCGUCUCUGGUACCCCAUAGUGCGACAGGGGGCGUUAGCCGUCCUCUCCCAUAUGCUGCUCAGCUUCCAGCACUCUCCAGAGGCAUUCCAUUUGGUUGUUCCACAUGUGGUCCAUUUGGUCCAGUCUCUGCAGGCGGACGGCCUCCCCACCAGUAAAGCUUUCCUGGUGCAAUUCACUGAGCUCAUACACUGCAUGAUGUACCAGUACUCCGGCUUCCCUGACCUCUACGACCACAUUUUGGAAGCCAUCAAGGAUCUCCCAAAACCCGGCGAAGAGAAGAUCAAGUUGGUGCUGAACCAAAGUGCCUGGACAUCCCAGUCUAACUCUUUCACCUCCGGCCCCCUGAGGCAGGCUUGUAAGUCUGAGACUGGCAAGACGGGCCUGGUCAACCUGGGGAACACUUGCUACAUGAACAGCAUCCUCCAGACUCUCUUCAUGGCCACAGAUUUCAGACGACAUGUUUUAUCACUACACCUCAAUGGAUCCAACACACUGAUGAAAAAGCUGCAGCUGCUGUUUGCUUUCCUUGCACACACUCAGAGGGCGGCAUACGCUCCCAGAAAUUUCUUAGAGGCCUCUCGACCGCCGUGGUUCAACGUGGGCUCUCAGCAGGACUGUUCGGAAUACCUUCGCUUUCUCCUCGACAGGUUACACGAAGAGGAGAAAACAAUCCAGGUGCUGGAAUCUACAAAGCCAAGCGUUGCCCCCGCCCCUGCCACCCCUGUGGUAGACUCCACCAGCAAAGACCCGACGGGUCAGACUUCUCCCGAAGAGGGCCUAGCGUCCUCUUUGAGUCCCGCGGAAAGCAAAGCGGACCAUGACAGAAGGACUCUGAUAGAGAGGACUUUUGGCGGCAAGCUGGUGACAGGUAUUCGCUGUACGCACUGCAACGGCAUCUCUGAAAAAGAGGAACCUUUCACCGACCUCUCGUUGGCCUUUUACCCCUCUGCCGCCUCUCAGGACGCCGCCCAAUGCGAGGGCCCCUCUGCCCAGCCCAAAGCGGUUUGUCAGGGCUCCGUCAACGGCGGCAGUGAGAUUCCCGUGCCAGACCAAGCUAGUCCCGUCCACCCUGUGCCAGAGACGAGCGGGCCUCCGCUCUCUGUGCCGGACCUGGUCAACUAUUUCCUAGCGCCGGAGAUCCUGGACCAGGACAACGCCUACUUCUGUGAGAAGUGCGGGUGCCUGCAGCGGGCCGAGAAGACCAUGAAGGUGGUGUCGGCGCCGGAGUACCUCAUCCUCACCCUGCUGCGCUUCUCCUAUGACGCAAAGUCCCACGUCCGCAGGAAGAUCCUGGAGAACGUCACCAUCCCGUCACAGUUGCGCCUCCCCGUUCACCAACCGGCGGCUGCGCCGUCGCCGGCUUCCUCCUGCACGUCUUCCCCUUUGCAAGUGGACUCCCCCGAAAGCAGCGAGAACCUCGCUAAAAAGCUCAAACCCUCUCAGAAAGACGAGGACGAAGAUGAGACAGAGUCAAGUAGAGGAGACGUGUCAGUUCAAGUGCGCUACGUCCUCAGUUCCGUCGUGAUGCAUUCGGGCGUCUCAUCCGAAAGCGGCCACUAUUACUCCUGCGGACGCAACAUCACAGCAACAGAUGCCGAUCCCACCACUCGCAUGAAGGAGGACGCGCGGAACGAACAAGGCGAGUGCGCCGUUCUCCCGGGUUCAACCGGUCACGGCGGCACGCCGGGACGAGAGACGAGCGACUGGCUUUUGUUCAACGACAGCAGAGUGACAUUCACGUCGUUUCAGUCGGUGCAGAACAUCACCACGCGCUUCCCCAAGGACACGGCCUACGUGCUCAUGUACAGGAAGCAGGAUCCAGCAGGUCAGAACGUGAAUAAAGGACCGGUGGCGAACGGAUUGAGGCAGAGUUCGGAACCGCCCCUGCAGAAGGAGCUACUGGACGCUAUCAUCAAGGACAACAAGCUUUAUCUGCAGGAGCAGGAACUGACCGCUCGAACCCAGGCUCUGCAGGCCCCCUCGUCGUCCUGCUCCUUCAGACCCAAUGGUUCAGAUGACAACAACCCACCCGGAAGUUGCGGCCCAUCUGGAGGAGGAGGAGGAGGCGGAGGAGGGGGCUUUAAUACCAUUAGUAGACUGGUCUUUUAAUCCAAAAAAAAAGUGCUCAAUACAACAACUUUAUGCGUGGAUGUUCAUACACCCCCUUAAAGAAGCAUUGAAAUCAUAACAGGAUGCUUGGAUUUGCAAUUCCAUAUCACUUUUAACAUUUCUUUAAAAAUUAUUAUUUAUUGAGGCAAUUUUUUUUAGUUCUUUGCUGGCAUAAAACUAAAUUGGAAUCAUGGCUGCAAAUAUGUUUUCUUGUUUUGGAAUUACCUCACAUGCAACAGCACAGACAACAUAAAGGACAGUACAAUAUUAACAAAAAAAACUGUAUAUUAUCUUAAUGUAUGCUCUUAUGUACAUGCAUGUUGGUGCAUUAUGACCUGUGGUGUGUGUGUGUGUGUGUGUGAUCCCCCCUUCCCCUCAAGACCGGUUUAGUAUUUGGUUUGUGCUUUUAUAAAUUUAUUAUAACAUGCAAUAAAUGUACAUUUGUCUUUAAAAAUGUAGCCCUGCAUAAUUGGAAAAUACAAACUUAUUUACCGUG